AUGGCAUCCUCACUCGAUUUGAUCGUCCUCGGCCUUGGAGGCUUGCUCGCCCUUCUCUAUCUCUUCCGCGAUAGUCUCUUAGGUGGCGUCGCCAAAGACACUGGUUCCAAGCUCGCCAACGGUUCCGCUCUCGCUGCUACCGAUCAAGGUGAUGCUGACUUUGUCUCCAAGCUCAAGUCUCAGAAGAAACGUAUCGCUAUCUUCUACGGAUCCCAGACCGGUACUGCCGAAGAGUACGCUACCAAACUCGCCAAGGAGGCUAAAGCUCGUUUCGGCACUUCAUCGCUCGUUCUUGACCCCGAAGAGUAUGAGUUCGAGAAGCUCGACCAGAUGCCCGCGGACACUGUUGCUGUCUUUGUUAUGGCUACUUACGGCGAAGGUGAACCCACAGACAACGCUGUUGGUCUGAUGGAGUUCAUCGAGAACCAGUCUCCCGAGUUCUCCAACGGCAACGAGCGUCUUGAGAACCUCAACUACGUCAUCUUUGGUCUUGGCAACCGUACCUACGAACACUUCAACGCUGUCGCUCGUAAGCUCGAUGCUCGUCUCCAGUCGCUUGGUGCCAAGCGCAUUGGCGAACGCGGUGAGGGUGACGACGACAAGAGUAUGGAGGAAGACUACUUGGCAUGGAAGGACUCGAUGUUCGAGGCUCUUGCUUCUCAGCUCAACUUUGAAGAGGGUGGAGGAGGCGAUGUUGCCGACUUCAAGGUUACCCAACUUGCCGACCACCCCGAAGACAAGGUUCACCACGGCGAGCUUUCCGCUCGUGCCCUUUUGGGCACCAAGGGUAUCCACGAUGCCAAGAACCCUUACAACGCUGUCGUCAAGGAGGCUCGCGAGCUUUUCGUCCAAGGAACUGCCGACCGCACCUGUGUGCAUGUCGAGUUUGACAUCGAAGGCUCCGGUAUUUCUUACCAGCACGGUGAUCACAUUGCCGUAUGGGCCCACAACCCCGAACAGGAAGUCGACCGCGCCUUGGCUGUCUUUGGCCUUCUCGACAAGCGCACUACCGUCAUCGACGUAGAGUCGCUCGACCCUACUCUCGCCAAGGUUCCCUUCCCCGUCCCUACCACCUACGAAGCUGUCUUCCGUCACUACCUCGACAUCACCAGCCACGCUUCUCGACAGACUUUGAACAACUUUGCCAAGUAUGCACCUUGGCCUGAGAUUCAGGCCAAGGUGGAGAAGAUCUGCGCCAACAAGGACACUUUCCAGGCCGAGAUCGGCAGCAGUCUUCUCAAGACCGCCGAAGCUAUGCAGUACCUCGCUGGUGACGACUUGCAGGGUGACGUCAGUGCUAUCAGGCCUUGGAACAUUCCUUUCGACCGUGUCAUUUCGGAUUUGCCUCGCGUUGGACCUCGAUUCUACUCGAUCUCGUCUAGCCCCAAGAUGCACCCCAAGUCGGUUCACAUUACCGCUGUGGUGCUUCGAUACCAGGCUAACAAGUCGGGUCCCUGGGUCCACGGUUUGGCGACGAACUUCAUCAGCAGCAUCAAGAUGGAGAAGAACGGCGAGCAGCCUACUGGUCCCAACGAUCCUCGUUUCGGUACCCCCAAGUACCAGUUGACUGGUCCUCGUGGAGCUUACACCAAGGAUGGACUGUUCAGGGCACCUAUUCACAUUCGACGAUCUAAUUUCCGCUUGCCCACCUCGCCCAAGAUCCCGGUUAUCAUGGUUGGACCUGGCACUGGUGUUGCACCUUUCCGCUCGUUCGUUCAGGACCGAGUCUGCAGUGCGGAGAAGGCGGUGGAGAAGGCAGGCAAGUCGUCAGCUGAAGCUUUGAAGGAUUGGGGCAAUAUCUGGCUCUUCUACGGUUGCAGGAGGGCGAAUGAAGAUUUCUUGUACCGAGACGAGUGGCCGCAGUACGGCGAGAAGCUCGAUGGCAAGUUUCUCAUGGAGACUUCGCUUUCUAGGGAGAAGUUCAAGGCUGAUGGAUCUAAGCUUUACGUUCAGGAUCUGAUUUGGGAGAGGAGAAAGGAGAUUGCGGAGGACAUUUUGGAGAGGAAGGCAUACAUCUAUAUCUGCGGUGAAGCAAAGGGGAUGGCUCAGGAUGUAGAGACCGUGUUCGGUAAGAUUUUGGAAGAGGCAAAGGGUAGUGCAGAGGAAGGAAAGAAGGAGAUGAAGUUGCUUAAGGAGAGGAGCAGGUUGCUGUUGGAUGUGUGGUCCUAA